AGUCGUUUGAUGUUAGUUUUCCUCACAAUUAUGAGUUGUAUAAACGCAAUACGUUGAUCAUCUUAUGUGUUGAAUCCAAUUAAAAGUUAUAUGAUCAUAUGUGAUAUUAUAAUUAAUGUUAUGAUACAUAUAAGUGUUCACUUUUAUUGUGAUAAAUUUGAACAAUAGUGAUACAAAUAAUGGUAUUCGCUGAUAGUGGGCUGAUAACUUGUUUAUUUAUAUCUGUGUUUUAUUAAGAGUGUUUGAUUAGUUUGUGUCAAUAUGCAAACGUGUAAGUUGAGGCCUGUGUUGACAGCGAGUAGGAGUCUACUAUUACAAAGAAAUGCAGCAGUAAACGCAGCUGCGGUGAAUGAACACCAAGAUCUGAAGGUGGAAGCGAAGCCAUGGGAGGAGAUCCCCGGGCCUCGAGCUCUACCCAUAAUUGGACAGAUCCAUCACUUUUUACCUGGAGGUAUAUUUUAUGAAACCAACGAUUUUGCUAAGAAAGCAUUGGAUUUAUAUGGACCUAUAGUAAGAUUAGACAGACUACUAGGUAGAAAACCUAUGGUUUUGUUAUUUGAUGCCGAAAGUGUGGCACAGAUACUAAGAGGAGAAAAUUGGUUACCAGAACGUCCAGGGUUUCAAUCACUUGAUUAUUACAGAUCUACUUACAAAUAUAAGGAGAAAAAGAGCACAGAACCAAUGGGACUGAUCUCUGAUCAUGGCGACACUUGGAAAAAGUUUAGGUCUACAGUCAAUCCAGUUUUAAUGCAACCCAAAACUAUAAAGCUGUACACCUCAGCACUUGAUGAAGUUGCCAAUGAAAUGAUCACAAGGAUGAAAUCCAUAAGAGGAGAUGACAAUAUGUUAAAAUCAAAAUUUGACGUUGAAAUGAAUCUUUGGGCCUUGGAAUCAAUAGGAGUGGUGGCUCUAGGUGGCCGCCUGAAUUGCUUAGAUCCCAAUCUUCCAGAAGAUUCCCCUGCGAGGCAGCUUAUCAAAGUUGUACACGAAGUUUUUCAUAUAUCUCAAGAAUUGGAUUUUAAGCCCAGCUUAUGGAGAUAUAUAGCAACGCCUACUUAUAAAAGAGCCAUGCAUAUUUAUAGCGAACAGGAAAGGUUAGCUAAAUAUUUUGUGAAUAAAGCAAAAGAAGAUCUGAAAAAUAAUCAAAGAAGUGAAGACGAGAAAGGAGUGCUAGAGAAACUAUUAGAAAUAGAUGAAAAAGUUGCUCAAACAAUGGCUUCUGAUAUGUUGUUUGCGGGCGUUGAUACAACAGCAAAUACCAUUAUGUUUACUCUUUAUCUUCUUGCGAGUAAUCCGGAAAAACAAGAGAAGCUGCGCGAAGAGAUUUUGUCGACGAGUAACGAAGAUAAAAGGCCGUACCUUAGAGCUUGCAUUAAAGAGUCCUUAAGACUUAUGCCUGUGGUUUCUGGAAAUGCACGGGCUGCCAAAAAGGAUUACAAUAUUCUAGGUUACAAAAUUCCCAAAGGCGUGCACGUAAUUCUCAUGCAUCAGGAUAUGUCCAAGCUUGAGGAGCACUAUAUUCAUGCUAAAGAGUUCUUACCCGAAAGAUGGAUUGUCCCUAAAGGUGACACAAUGUAUCAUGGAAAUGCGCACCCAUUUGCAAAUAUGCCGUUUGGUUUCGGAGUUCGUAUGUGCAUAGGACGUCGCAUAGCCGAGUUAGAAAUUCAAACAUUCCUCGCAAGACUCAUGCAGAACUUCAGAGUGGAGUGGUUAGGUCCACCCCUGAAAGUUACACAAACCACACUGAAUUAUGCAUCGGCGCCGUAUAAUUUUGUUUUAAAGGAUGUUUGAAGAAUAAGUUCUCAGAUAAACUAAAGUGUGAAACAGUGACCAGAGAUAAAAAUUAUCAUUUAUACUUACACGUAGAUUGAUUAGAAUAUACUUUUUAUGUCACAUCUUUACUUUGAAUAAUGUGAAAGAAAUUGAGAUACUUAGUUUUAGGUCACUUUAUUGCAGAUUUAAAUUUAUCGCUAUAAUUACAGCAUUCUUUAUUUACUGUCUGAAUGACAGAAAAGUUAUGCGUGUAAUAAUAAUAAAAACAAUUAGAUUGAUAA